AUACCCCGUUCAAAGGGGCUCCAAUAGCUUUACUAUUUGGGCGCCGCGUUCUUCGAUCCCCCACACACAAACACACGCACACACACACACGUCGCUCUCCCCGAUCGAUUUCGAAGCGCUCGCGUUCUCCGAUCCACCUAGGGUUUGCUCCUCGAUCCGAUCCCCUUUUGCUCCUCUGCCUCCCAUCUGUUUUUGCCCUUAAUCUCACCCCGUUUCUAUGAUUAAUUUGAGUUUUUUUUUUCCAAUUUCUUCGAUUAAUGCAUGUAAAUUUGGUAAUCUCGCUGUAAAGUUUCCAGUUUUUCGUUCAUUUAGGAUAGAAAAGUGAUUUGUUUGGUAAUGAGUAACGACGAGGUGUACUUCAAUGUGAAAUAGUUAUUAUUAUCUCCAUUUGAUUGGUUAGGAUAACCAUUUGGAGCAAAAAUGUUGAUCUAGGGUUUUGAAAUUGGGGGAUUUUUGGGUAAAUUAGCGAUGGGUAGCUCGAGCACUUGUAGGACAUCCAAUGCCAAUUGUAGGACUACGUUGCUAUUUAAUGAAUCACAAAAUGCUCCCAAAAUCCGUAAUUCCGAGGCAUCGGAGGAUGAGAUUGCUCUCCAUAGGGAUAUGGGAGCUUUGUCUGUUUCGAAGCGCCUCACGAAAUCCGUUAGUGAGAAGCUCAAGAAGAAGAAGAAGAAGAAUGGCCGUAGCGGCCGUACAAAUGAAGAGGGCUUGCAACUGAACCCGAAACCGGAAUCCGGUUCGUCCAGGUGCCUCAAUCUCUAUAUCACGGGCGGCGGGUGCAGGGUCAACGCCUGUGAGGAGUUGGAUCCGAAUCGGAGCUGGAGGUUGAGCUCCUUAGACGACUGUAUGCCUCAUAAAAUGAACAAUGGGGUCGAGGAAACAUCGGUCGAAUGCUCCAACAUUAUGCGCGAGCGGUUUCGGAAGAAGAAUUUGAAUAAAGAAAAGGCAAUUCAGCCGUGCCAGCCGAGCUCUACCACUCCUAGCGCUUCACUUCCUGAUGAUAUAUUGGAGAUGAUAUUGGUCCGACUUCCUCUGACUUCUUUGAUGGCUUCGCGAUGCGUGUGCAAGAAAUGGCGGGACUUGACCACCGCCCCGCAAUUUAUCCAGCUGAGGUCCAAAGGGGUUCAUCAGGAUCGAUGGCUAUUCCUCUUCGGGGUCACGCGAGCGGGGUUUCGUGGCGGAGAAAUGCAUGCGUUGGAUAUUGCCCUCGACCAGUGGCAUAGGGUUAGUAUGGAUAGACUGAUGGGUAGGUCCUUAUUUUCGGUUGCCGGGGUUGGCACCGAUGUUUACAUCGUCGGUGGUUGCUCUACCACUGGGGAUUCAAUUGUUUCGUUGGAGAAGGGAUCCUUUAAGACCCACAAAGGAGUGUUGAUUUACAGCCCUUUACUUGGCUCGUGGCGAAAAGCCACUUCGAUGAGGUCGGCGAGGUCCAGAGCUGUAUUGGGGGUCUUCGAGAUGACAUCUAGCUGCAGUAUUUUUCGCAUUCGAGCUAAUAAGAAUGUCGGUCUUCCUCUGAAGUCCAAGUUAACUGGGGUUUCCGAUGUUUAUGAGGACCCACACCGAUUUUCACUGAGGCGCCGCCUUAAAGAUGCUUUUGAGGAGGAUGACCGUAUAUCAGGACGCACAAAAGAAAACUACAAAUUUGAAGUAGAAAAGAGAAGUAAGAGGACAAACCUUGCCCUGAUUGUUGUGGGCGGUCACGGGUGUUGGGAUGAGCCUUUGGAUUCGGGUGAGAUCUAUGAUCCCUUUACUGAUAAAUGGAUCGAGAUUGCUAAGUUGCCUACGGACUUUGGGUCCACAUGCUCAGGAUCUGUUUGCGGUGGGAUGUUUUACGUGUACUCCGAAGCAGACAAACUUGCCGCCUAUGAUUUAGAAAGAGGGUUUUGGGUUCAAUUCCAGACCUCCCGUCCCCCUCCUCGGCUUCGCGAGUACUACCCUAAGCUCGUGUCUUGCAAUAAUCGGCUCUUUAUGCUGUGCGUGUCUUGGUGCGAGAGAGAUGGGAUUUUAAACAGGAGGGAGAAGGCCGUGAGGAAGCUGCUUGAGCUGGACUUCUCCUUGCCUCAUAAAUGGACUGAGGUCUCUCGGCAUCCAGAUGCACCCAUGGACUGGAACGCGACAUUCGUGGCGGACGGGGACCAUAUCUAUGGGCUCGAGAUGUUCCGGAUUUUCGGUCAGGUGCUUGAUUUUCUGACCGCUUGUAAAGUUUCAAACAGCGAGAUAAAGUGGUCCCGCGUCUCGAGGAAGCACGCAGCUCACGAGGCGGACGCUCCGUCAUGCUCAAUGAAGUCGAUGGUCGUGCUACAUCUGUAAGCUUGUCUCUAGUCGCUUCUGUAACCAUUCUUUUGAUGGUUUUAUCGUGUGCCCAAUUAUUCAUCAAGAAAAAAUUUCCUGUUGGUCCUUAUGUUGUAUUAUUUGAUUCGUCGAACAAAAUUUCCUAUGUAGGCCACUUAUUUGUGUCAAAGUCAUUGCUUUAUAUCUGUAUGGGAUUUAUUUAGCAAUGAUUUGGUGAUGUAAUCAAAGUUAAGAUUUCUUUCACUUCAUAUUCUUUUCUGCGUA